AUGGUGGCUCUGAAACGGUUCUUCCAUGCGGAUAAAGGCAUAUCAAUAUGUUCUACAGGGGAGCGGGAUGUUGGGCCCGAGAGCCCGCUAGCAUGCAACCAGUUUCAACCGUUGGCCUACAAGACUCCGCAACCCAUGGAAGCAAGAAGUGAUUUUCAACAGAUUGAAAAACAGUUCGAAGUUCUACAUGAACAGUUCCAGACGCGGCCAAUGUCCCCAACGAGACUGCCAACAGCCUCUUCUCGCUCAUCAACUCGUCCUACGGAACGGACACCCCGUCAUGUCGAUCUUCUCGAUGCCUUGUUCUCUUCCCAUCGGUAUCAGAUGCAGCCUGCCAAGAAUAUGUCUCCGAUCACCCCCUACAACGAAGACAUUGCCGAACGAAACAUGACCCGUUUCCUUCAAAAGCCGCCCCGCAAAAAGAAUCUAUACUCGCGGUUAUUAUCCGUCCUACAUCAAGAAGAUGCGUCCGACAGGAACCUUACCAAGGGACGGCACCAUACCAGUCCAUUGUCUCGCAGUAAAAGCUCUCAAACACAGAGCCGUAACCUACAGACUAGCCACUCGAGCCAUCUCGUAACAGAGACGAACAGUCGGCGGCGUUCUCGAACAAGGGAAGGCCAAACAACCAACCAAGAUACCCAAUCCAAUCACCCCAACGUCCUUGUCUCGGAAAAAAGAGCAAAUGCAAGGGACACAGGCGUCGGGAGACCCCCACUUCGGCCUCAAAAGUCAGCGCCAAAUCUAUCAGCUCCAGAUACUGCUUCUAUACAAAAUCCUCAUCCGAGCUCUGGGGCGGGCUUGCUUGGUGUUCCUGCGCCCUAUAAACGGGGCAGCACGUGGAGCAUCAUGCCUUUCCCGGACAGUCCAACAUUGCCUAUCGAGGCGAGGCGUGGUGCGAGCAUGAAACAAAGCAAACCUACGCGGGAAGCAUCAUCCAAAUCGGAUCCCAACCCGGAAGCUCAGGCGAGGUCGCGCAAUCGCGCGCCAUCAUUUUCCACAAGGCCCGGUGUAAAGAAGAACGUUCGGGAUCUUUCUAUCGAUACGGAAUUGGCCUCGCAAAAACGGUCCGUUACAAAGAUAAUGCACCGCUCCAUACAGCCGCCGACGCCGAGCUCCUUGGAAGCGAAGCAAAACCCUAGCAUUGCAGAGAUUAUGAACAGCCCUCUGCUAGCAGCAACUCCAACACCAAUCUCCGCUUUACCAUCUGCUAACCAAAAGGUUGCGGAGAUCAUGGACAUGUUCAAACAAGCGUACACCUCUACCCACGCCAUCACGCCACACCCUACCUUCGAAACCCUGCAGGAUGCUAUCGUCCGGGAGAUCAACUCCCACGAAGCCUUUCGUCGUGUGCCUGUUCCAGAACCUGGUCCUCCUUUUACUCCCUCUCCAUCUCAGGACUCGUUCAACAGAAGCUUCAGCAGCGGAGGGUCCUCCCAAUCGAGUAUGGACAGGGCUUAUUCGCUAAAAGACAGCCAACUCUCAAAGUUGAUCCAAAAGAGUUCCUUCAAGAAACACCGAAGAGGGUCGGAGCUACACCAGAGUAUCUCCACAAGCGUCCCCUCGCUUAUGUCCGGACGAACCUCUGAGUCUAGCAGUCGACGCAGACACACCGAUGCUCCUCCUCCGUCUCCGGGAUUCUUCGACACAUUAGACCCUAAACGUCAGGGUAUUAGCGCCAAGCAGUCCGAAGAGCAAAUAACCUACAUGGACUUGCUGCACCGAACACAGAAGCCACCUACUGGGACCCGGUCUCGGAAAGCCUCAGGAGCGAGUCGCAACCUUGGACAGGCCCAACAACCCAUAGGCUCUAUGUCCAACGGCAUGUCCGAAACCUUGCAUAAAACCCCUUCCGUCUUUUACAUGCGCGCGCAAACCUCACCCUCUCUAUACGGCAACCGCCCCAGACUCCCAGUCGACGAUAGCGAUGACGAAGAAGUCAUCCAGUUACCCAGUAUCGAAAGCCCACAGCUUCAGAUCCACGGUGUCGACGAGAACAAUGUCAUCUUCGUUGCCGAGAACACAACUCCGCGAACUGCAUAUAAGCUGAUGAACUGGCCGCGCAACUCCGGUCGAAGCGUCAGCCUCAAAGGUUCUGCCACUGCAGGUUCGGAGACCAGCUCAUCUACGAGAUGCAUACCUCUCGUUCGGAAUGCGCGCUCGGUUGAGACUUACUGA